GAGGACUGGGAAGACUGGGCUGACUGUAAGACUGGAGGGACUGAUGGCCUGAAGGCAUAAUUUGGCGAAAAAACAGAUCUAAAUAAUAGCUUACGUAUAGCUAUAGCUAUAGCUGUGUAUGCGUUGAGCGCCUGAUGUGUAGUAGUGUUACAACAAGUGCUCAGAAAAUGGCAUUCAUUUCAAUUCACUCAUCGUUUUAAACAAUCUUUGAUUUCAAAACUUGAGUCCAUUUGAUAUGAGUUUCAAUUAAUUGAUUGUGUUUUGCAAAUCAUCCACUCUUUUGGUCUCAUUGUCUGUUUUGAAUGGUUUGUCGACCUCUCAAGAGGUUUGUGUCGCCAGAGAUGUGUCACCGAUAGGGUUGAGGGGCUGUUGUUGUGUCCACUGAUUUGGUGGUGACUGGACUCGAGUGGAAGAGACAGUGAGUGCUUCCAUCGAUGCGAUGGCCACAGAUGUCAAUGAUAUCAUAAAACAGGGCUAUACUCGCGUCCGAAGCAAAUCCAUUAAUGUGUGGCACAAGAGAUGGCUAGUGUUGAGGCGCGCGUCCAGCAAAGGACCCGUUCGUCUCGACAAGUAUUUCGAUGAGAAGAGCGCCCGAACUGGUGGUCACCACAAGACAUAUCUGUUGACAAACGUGUCGUCCAUCACACGACUGGCCAACACGUGUCGCAAAUAUGCCUUUAGUGUGCAAUUUCACGACCAAAACCUCAAGUGUUUCGCUUGUGAUUCAGACUUAGAGGCCGACACUUGGGUUAAACUGUCGAUACAAGAGUGUCUUCUAUUACCUCCAGGACUGGCGACGGGAGAGCCAGACGUGUUGAGGCCCGGCAUCCAAAAGGAACUUCAGGAACAAUUUCACGUGUAUUUAAUGCCGACCUCUAAACUGGACGUAUUUGGCGAAUGUCUUCUGCAAGUGACCCACGAAAACAUCUAUUUAUGGGAUAUAAGCAACUCUAAGCUAAAACUAGUGGCCUGGCCUCUCACCGCACUCCGCAGAUACGGGUCGGACUUAACAAAGUUCACAUUCGAGGCCGGGAGGCACUGUCCGACGGGUGAAGGAAUGUUUGUCUUCCAUACACUGGAGGGCGAGAAGAUCUACCGAAAGGUACAUCAGGCGACUCUAGCCAUCGCUGAAGCGCAUCACAAAAUGAAGAAACUGCCGACCAAUGCGUCCGUCGAUUCGCCGCAAACCAUCGAAACUCGGCUCAGAUUUACAGCAAAUUUAGUUUAAUUUAUUUGAUAAUUCGUUUUCAUAAUUCAUUCAUAUUUACUAUUCAUCUCAUUCUACAAAUCAAAUCAAAACUCAUCUCUCAUUCAGUUAUUCAUUAUAUAAAAUAUUGUUAAUUAUGUUUAACUAUUGAAGGGUUCAAAAGGCAAACAAAU